GAAGCCAAAAUGCCAACCGUCAAGAGCAAGAAGAAGAAGCCGAAGAAGGAGGUCAACGAUGGCGAGGAGCAGGGGGAAGUGGGGCUGGAGGUGGAGAUGGAGCAAGUGACCAACAGGGGCCAGUCUGACAACAGAGACCCUUUGACCCCAGAGCCACAGGAUCCAGCACCACAGAAGAAGAAGAAAAAGAAGAGGGCGCCUACUAUCGAUCAGGACACGCAACACGCCGACAUGCCGAACGGAGACGUGGACGAACCCGUCGUGGACGGAGAGGAAAUGACCGUGGCUGUGACCAGGAAGACGAAAAGGAAGAGGAAGGUGAAGGCCACGGAGCACUACAGCAAUGACCUGGGAGCCGAAGACGACGAUAUCAUCGCAGACGCCCAGUCCCCCAUCCCCCAGCAUUCCCUGUUCUCCGCCCCCCACGGACACAGCCAGCCGGUUGGUCGAGUCUUCGUGGAGAGAAACAGGCGUUUCCAGGCAGACCGGGUUGAGCAGCUCCGACACUCUGAGCUGAUGGAUGACUACAUGGACCCCAGGCAGAUCUGGACCACCAGAGACGUCGCCAUGAGGGUCCACAGUGGCUUCAGGGUGAUCGGGCUCUUCUCUCAUGGUUUCCUGGCCGGCUACGCCGUGUGGAACAUCAUCGUUGUGUACGUGUUGGCCGGCGAGCAGAUGACCACGCUGCCCAACCUGCUGCAGCAGUACCACCUGCUGGCCUACCCGGCUCAGUCUCUGCUCUACCUGCUGCUGGCCAUCAGCACCGUGUCCGCGUUCGACAGGGUGAACCUGGCCAAGGCCUCCAUGGCGCUGAGAGGCUUCCUCACACUGGACCCUGCUGCUCUGGCUUCUUUCUUAUAUUUCAUAGCCCUGAUCCUGUCCCUCAGUCAGCAAAUGACCAGCGACCGGAUCAACCUCUAUCCCACGGCCAACGAGACUCUAUGGCCUCCGGGUUCAGAGCAGCAGAUCUUGCGGCCGUGGAUCGUGGUGAACCUGGUGGUGGCGCUGUUGGUGGGCCUGGCCUGGGCUGUCGUCUCCACGCGGCCGGACGUCGACUACACAGAAGAGUUCUUGAUGACGAUGGAAGUGGAGGGGUACCCAAGAGGAGACGAGACUCUGGACGUUGCUGCCUGAAACUCAACAACAUCGCCAGUUUUCUUGUUCACUUCAUGUAUGUUUUUGUACAGUUUGUGAUCUAGC